UUAAAGUUUGCAUUCAUUCACCUCAAGAGAAGAAUAUAAGAGGUGGAAUCAGCUCUUGAGUAGCUUAAGAACAACAAUGGGAAUUGGGUGCCCUGAUGAGAACAAGAGGAUUGAGAUCGAGGAAUUUCGCCGGAUGCUGCUAUCUAACGCAGCUGUCCACCGGACAAAGAUCAGCGAUGAAUUCCUCAACCAAGGGCAAUUGCGUCCCGCAGUUCAAAACAACCGUGAGCUUGAAGAGAAGAAGGUGUGUGUCACCAGUGGCGUAUCCUUCCUCGGUAUCGCUAUCGUCAAUCAACUCUUACUCCGUGGUUACUCUGUUAGAGUGAUUGUUGAAAAACAAGGUGCCACUUCAAUUCUUCUCCAACUUCGUAUCCUCCUUAUGCCAUUGGUAUCGGAGGAUCUGGAAAAGCUAAGAGAGAUGGAAAUUUCUGGAGAAAUGAGACAGUCAAUGAACACUGUAGUGGCAAUAAUGGCUAGUCUAAACGAUGUUGAAAGCCUAUCGCAAGCAUUCAACGGUUGUCGUGGCGUCUUCCACACUGCUGCCUUUGUGGAUCCUGCUGGCCUAUCUGGUUAUUCAAAAUCAAUGGCUGAAGUAGAAGUGAUGGUAAGCAAGAAUGUGACUCAGGCAUGUGCAAUAACACCUUCGGUCAGAAAUUGCGUGCUCACAUCCUCACUUCUAGCCUGUGUAUGGCAAGAUAUUAACUCUUCAAGGACAAUUGAUCAUGAUUCCUGGAGUGAUGAGUCUUUCUGCAUAAACAAGAAGCUAUGGUACGCAUUGGGUAAGCUAAAGGCAGAACGAAUAGCGUGGGAUGUCGCAAGGGAGGGUGGAUUCAAACUGGUUACUAUAUGUCCUGGUCUAGUAACUGGUCCUGAAUUCCUCAGCAGAAAUCCAACUUCUACCAUUGCCUAUCUUAAAGGAGCUCAAGAAAUGUUUAGAAAUGGACUCUUGGCGACAGUAGAUGUUAAUAGAUUAGCAGUAGCACAUGUGUUGGUGUUUGAAGAGAUGAAAAACACAGCUUACGGCAGAUAUAUUAGCUUUGAUCAAGUGAUUAGGAGAGAAGAGGAACUUGAAAAAUUAGCCAGAGACACAGGAAUAGACAUUAGAACGAUGAGGUCAAACUCCAGAACUAAUUUCUCAAACUGUACCAAAUUGUCAAAUGCAAAGCUUUGCCGCUUAACGUCUACAAUACAUAGAUGUAAUAGCGAGUUCUAGCUUUCGUCAAUAAACUUAUUUUAUGCCUC